UUCUUCGGGGUAAGGGUUAACCAGGGCAACGCCGGGGCGAUUUCGAAUGAAAAGUUUGCCAAAAUUCUCUCCUUCUCUUGGAAUUUAAGCCUCGCAGAUGCUUAAUAAUAAUGAAUUUGACGAGCAAGCAUAAUUUGGAGUUUGGGAAUUGACGUUCGCGCUUUCAAGCUGGUUUUUCCGUCGGGCGCCAAAGGAAGAGAUACUGAUCAAGCUAAAUGCUGUACAGAUGGUUUUUAACCUAAGGAUAGAAACUUCCUGAAGUUGUGAUACCAACAAACGAGCCAUGACUGAAACAGGAGGCCAGGUAGCAGGGGGUGGACGGAGCAUGCUGGACAACAUGGUUGGAGUCAGUGACAUGGUGCUUCUGGAGCCCUUAUCUGAAGAUGGCUUGAUAGAGAACCUGUGGGAUAGAUACAACAAUAAAGAUAUCUAUACAUACAUUGGGAAUGUGGUGGUAUCAAUUAACCCUUAUCGCAAAUUCAACUUAUACACACCUGAAAGGAUUUCUGAGUACAGAUCUAGAAACAUCUAUGAAUUACCCCCACACAUAUUCGCUAUUGCUGAUGUCGCUUACCGAUCCAUGAGAGACUACAACCAGGACCAGUGUAUUCUUAUCACUGGGGAGAGUGGUGCUGGCAAAACAGAGGCAUCAAAGGUUGUUAUGCAGUAUGUUGCAGCGGUGUCUGGCAAAGGCUGGGAAGUGGACAGGGUCAAGGAACAGUUGCUGCAAUCUAAUCCAGUUUUAGAAGCUUUUGGCAAUGCAAAGACACUUAGGAAUGACAACUCGUCACGAUUUGGCAAAUACAUGGACAUUGAGUUUGACUUCAAGGGAGAUCCUGUUGGAGGAGUUAUCACUAAGUAUUUGUUGGAAAAGUCACGCGUGGUUCACCAAGUACAAGGAGAAAGAAAUUUCCACAUUUUCUACCACCUUCUUUCUGGUGCCUCUGAUGAGUUUCUUGGCAAAAUUAAUCUCGAAAGGGACUGUAGUACUUACAAUUACCUCAAUCAAAGUGGAUGUACAAAAGUCGACACAAUUGAUGACAAGAAGGACUUUUUAGUAGUUGAGAGGGCAAUGGACAUUGUGGGGUUUACUCAGGAUGAGAAGCAGUCCAUCUACACUCUUUUAUCUGCUAUCCUGAACCUUGGAAACGUUACAUUUGACGAAGUUUUUGAUAAAGGCAGCGGACAUAAUAUGCAUGAUGCAGUUGCUCUCACAAAUGAGAAAUAUUUGGACUGGGCUUGUGAGAUGUUGCAGUGUGGAACUCAUUUACUCAAGGAUGCCCUGACAAAGAGAACUGUGGAAGCUGGAAAUGAGAGAAUGACCACCCCGCUUACACCUGCACAAGCUUACUAUGCAAGAGAUGCACUCUCUAAAGCAACUUAUCGAAGGAUGUUUUCUUGGUUAAUUCAAAGAGUCAAUGAUAGUAUAAAGGUGAAAAAGAGGGGCAAGAGAAAAGUGAUCGGUGUUUUGGACAUCUAUGGAUUUGAAAUAUUUAAGAGGAACAGUUUUGAGCAGUUCAUUAUCAAUUACUGCAAUGAGAAGCUACAACAGAUUUUUAUCGAGCUGACCCUUCAGUCUGAACAAGAGGAGUAUGUUAGAGAGGGUAUUGAGUGGACAGCAAUAGAGUAUUUCAACAAUGCAAUCAUCUGUGACUUGAUUGAAAAGAGUCAUGUUGGUAUCAUAUCCCUUCUUGAUGAGGAAUGUUUGCGACCAGGAGAGGUCAGCGAUGAGACGUUACUGGCCAAGCUCAACAAACACUGUAUCGAGCAUCCGCACUUUGAGAGCAGAGCGAGCAAGAAAUUCCUGUCAGAUCUCUCCCUGCCUCACGACUGUUUCAGACUAAAACACUAUGCUGGAAGUGUUACAUAUUGUGUGACUGGUUUUAUGGACAAGAACAACGAUCUGUUGUACAGAGACCUUUCGCAGUGUCUGUAUGCAUGUGGUCACCCACUGGCCAAGACGCUGUUCCCAGAAGGUUGCCCUGGCAAGGCAUCAAAGAAGAGACCUCCUACAACAGGAACUCAGUUCAAGGUUUCAGUCUCCGAGCUGACGAAGAAUCUAAAGUCCAAGAACCCUCAUUACAUCAGAUGCAUUAAGCCAAACGACAAAAAAGUAGCGGGGCUUUUUGAUGAUAAACUAGUCCGACAUCAAGUCCGAUAUCUUGGUUUGAUGGAGAACGUUCGUGUCAGAAGAGCAGGAUUUGCAUUCAGACAAGAGUACGACGUGGCUCUUGAGAGGUACAAGAUGCUUUGUGAUAAAACUUGGCCAAACUGGGUAGGCAUGCCAAAAGAAGGACUUAAAGAACUACUCAAGAGUCUGAAUAUCAAACCAACAGCAUACGCUUAUGGCAGAACGAAAAUCUUCAUUAGGAAUCCACGAACGUUGUUUGACCUGGAAGAGAGACGUAAACAAGGAAUGAACCGCUUAGCUGUUAUCAUUCAGUCGAUUUUCAGGGGCUGGAGACAGCGAACACAGUAUCGAAAGAUGAAAGAAAGUGAAAUUAUCAUUGCCAAGUAUUACCGUGGAUUCAGAGAUCGACGUCUUUAUCUGAAGAAGAGAAGCGCUGCCAUUGUGAUUGCGUGUUAUGCCCGUGGCUGGAAGGCGCGGAAACUCUACAAAGCAAUGUUAUAUGAGAAGAAGUGCAUUUGGGCCGUUGGUGUUAUUCGGACUUACUUUUAUGGAUGGCAGGCCCGUAAACUUUACAGAUCCAUGGUUCUUGAAAAGAAGCGAAUCCAGGCCGCCACUACAAUAGCGGCUUACUAUACCGGCUGGAAGAUUCGUCGAUUGUACCAUCCCAAGUUCAGACGGAAUGCUGCUCCAAAGAUCAUGAAGUUCCUUCGACUCUUCUUGUGCUACAGAUAUCUCACCACACUAAAGAAGAAUCUGCCGUCUGUGUCACCCACGGAUACCCACUGGCCGUCAUCUUCACCCAUGUUUAGGAAGACUAAUGGGCUCCUCAAGGAUAUAUACCACUCCUGGAGAUGCAAGAAGUUCAGAGACCGUUGCUCUUCAGAAAGACGAGCGAUUUUGAAAGAAAAACUUCAAGCCAGCGAGGUGUUCAAAGACAAGAAAUCUUCCUACCCUUCCACGGUACCAGUUCCUUUUCAAAGCGAUCGUGCCAACCUCAUGGCAAAUCCAAAGUGGAAAAAGAACGCUAAGAACAACAACCUUCGCAUAGUGUGGGCGGACUCUGUGCUGAAAAUCAACAGGAAAGAUGGCAAGGCGGUGCCUCACAUCUUGACUGUUUCAGACUCAGAAAUGCUGGUGUUGGACCCAAAGUCAUUCCUAACAAAAUACAACGUGGACCUGGGCGAUAUCACGAGGAUCUCGGUGAGCCCGCUGAAGGACGGAGUCAUCGUGUUCCACAUUCGAACGGAUAAACAAGAUAAAAAUCAUCUGAAAGGCGACUUCAUGUUCCACACGGAGCACGUGGUGGAGUUAGUGGCUAAGCUGUUAGUUCAGGUUGAAUCUCAACAGGACAUGUCAGCCCCUGUGCACGUGUCUGACAGAAUCGCAGUGAACUUUGCGGGGUCUUCCGUGGAGCUUAACUUCAAGUCAGCGGAUAAAGAUCUUCCUCAGCCGUUGCUGUGCAGACGAAAAGGAGCUGUGGUGGAUGUCUUGGUGUGAACACUCACUUUUCACUGAAGUCAUCUCUCAGCGGUCGUGUGUCCGUUUAAGCCUGGUUCACACGAGCGACAUAACGACAUAAACAGAACGACUUAAGAAAGACGUUAUGUGGGUAUGUUUGUAGUGUGAACAUCCUGACAUAAUUCACACUAGCGACAUAACGACAUAAGUAAAAGAUCAGUUGAUCUUUA